AUGAAGAGUUUUCAAAAGACAAUUGCCACCUGCUUGGUUGUAUUUACUGUUCUCUUUUUAUUCGUUGCACGUCGCUACCACGCAUUACCUGCCACAAAGCUAACGGGAAAAACGGGGCAAAUUGCAGUCAGCUUCCUAAAACAUCAUAGCUAUGCCACUGUCUCGUCUGUCUCUCUAAUAUCUUCAUACCCUUCAGAUUCAGCACAGUUACCCAAUUUGCGGAUUCUUCCACUGGGUGAUUCCAUUACAUACGGCUACAGAUCUACCAGUGGUGAUGGAUAUCGUGCUGCCUUAUUUGGAUCACUGAACUCUACAUUCCCUUCUGUCAAAUAUAUUGGAACACAACAUUCUGGAAGUAUGGAAAACAACGCCAAUGAAGGACAUCCCGGAUAUAUGAUUCACGACAUAGCCAAAAAAGCGUUACCAUCAUUGUCACAACAACCAAACGUCAUCCUCAUGAUGGCAGGCACCAACGAUAUUGCUAGACCAUAUAUGCCUGAAGAUGCCCCAUGGCGGCUUGGUGCGCUCAUAGAUUUUGCUAUACUUACAUGUCCAUUCUCAGUUGUAAUUGUGGCCCAACUUGCGCCAGUUACAGAACCGCCUGAAGCGCAGUACAUGAUUAGAACAUUCAACGCUCAAAUUCCAGCAAUGGUUGCAGAGCGACAAAAGGUUGGAAAAAAAGUUCUUACUGUAGAUAUGAGCCAGAAGGUGUCAGGUGUUAAUCUUUACGACGGCGUUCAUCCUAACGAUUAUGGCUAUGAUCUAAUUGCAAAAGUUUGGUACGAGGGUAUACAAGAAGCAGUGAAAUUUGGAUGGGUAUGGGAACCAAUCACUAUGGGUCAUCACGGCGCAGUGACAGAAGACAUAGGCCCUGAUGGGAGUGUACUACCUUCGAGACCUGUAGUUCGAGAUGGUAGAACCUGUGAAAUCUGUGUUUAG